CAUACUGCAGAGAAAUCAUUAACUUAAAAAGACAUAAGUUUGCUUGACAUCAUGUCUGGAAAUGUUGUAUCGUUACAUUUUGAUCUUAAAGGCAACUUUCUCUCCUCGACACACAGAUGGUGUGAGAUUAGAGAGAAAACCACUUUCCAACGCAGAAGUGGUUUGUUACAAAGUUUGGUACAAACUCCGGGUUUUAAGCUGCUUUCACACCUCAACUGUUUCUCUCCAUUUCUAUUUACGAACUUCAUCUCAGUUGAACAUCACAGAACAAGAAAUGGAUUCUUCAGAUUUUGUUUACGUGAUGGUUUGGAUCAACAUCCGUGUCUGUCUCCCAUUCACCUUGAUAGUUUUUGCUCUGGGUUGUGUAGUCAGAUUGGAUGGUUUUCCUGUCACCUUCUACAUGAACCUUCUCGUCUCCAACCUGAUCCAACUCGGUGGUUUGGUUAUUUUAAUGGUGAAGAUGAAUGAAAAUAAUUUCCAUCUAAUCUGCUACGUUGUCGUCGGCUGUGGCGCUUUGACCAGUAUUUGUUUCAGGACAGUCAUUGCUCUGGAAAGGUAUUUUCUCAUCUCCUGGCCACAGCUGCUUUUCAUCAGACAGACCAAAGGUUACGUGAUAUUCUGUGUUUUGAUCUGGCUGUUUGCGAUUUUUCUUUUUCCUCUUUUCAUGAUGUAUUCACAGUAUAUAUUCUUUAUGGUGUUUCCCUUGAUCCCAACUCCUGUAUUCUUCUUCUGUGUGGCUCGGACCCCAAAAUUCCUGCCUGCAGCCACUUCCCUAACCACAGAAGAAAAAUGUAGGAUUGUGGCAACUUUGAUUCUGUUGCUGAUUGUUCACAUAUUCAUGAUCCUCCCGCUGAGUGUGUAUUAUAUUAAUCCAUAUUUCCAUGAAUCAUAUGUGAAAUUUAACAGCUCACUGAUCUUGUUUCUCUUCAGUCCCUUCAUGGAUUUGAUUCUGUUCGUUUUCAUGUGUAAAGGAUUAGUUGACAAGCUGUUGAUGUGUUUCAGCUGCCACAGUUGUAGCAGAUGAAACACAUCAAGAGUUUAUGACUCUACAUUAUUUCAGUUUUCAAGUCUUCCACCAAACACAAGUAUUGCAACUUUAUAUCAAUAUGCUUAACUGAUUUAAACUUAGCACAAAAAGUAAAGAAAUGUGUGUUUGGUAGAUUUUUUUCUGUGCUUCAUGAAAAUAAAUCUUGCACUGUUGAGAA